AUGGGAGCCGCUGAUGGGGAUAGCGUUUCUAGUGUUAAUGACCGCAAGGAUAGGGAAAUGGUCAAAAAGGGUAACUGGCAGGACAACAACUGCACUCCCCAAGUGGUUAGGGGAGAAGGAGAAGAAGUCAUUGUUAACAUAAAAUCUGUCCAGUCUGGAAUAAAUACGAUUGGGACCUUGUUGAAAGUUGCACCAAGUAUUGUUGGGCUUUGUUCGAAUAUUUCACUCUGCAAUUUCUGCUCUGCAAAUGUUCGCAUAGAUUGGUGGGUUUUGUUCGAAUAUCUUGUCCUAUUUUGUGACUAUUUUACUGGGCUUCCUUCUGAGCUUGGCACCGUUAAUGGUUUGAAGUUGCAAGGUUGCUCCUCUGUUUCUGUGCUUAACUGUUUGUGGGCAUUGCUCCCUCCAGUUUGGAAGCAAUUUCCAAGAAUUGUCGGUUUGUUUAUGUUCUUUAAUUGUUUGUGGGCGUGGCUACUUGACUUUCACGACGUGCAUGCUUUGAAUUGGCAACUUAUGUGCACCAAUGUGGACUGUUUUAUUGGGCUUGUUUAUGAGGUUGUCGGCGUUAAUGGUUUUACAUUGCCAGGUUCACAUUAUAUUAUUUCAAAAGGAUCUGUUAAGGAGGCAAAUGCAAGGUACAACAAACUAAACAACCAUUUAGAAAUCACCUUGUCUGAUACAUCCAUUCUAAAACGUUGCACCAAUGAAGAACAACUAGAUCGACAAAGUCCUCCUUUCACGCCCAUUAAUGAAUUGUUUCAUCUAACAAAUAACACCCUGGUUGACAUAAUUGGUCUUGUUCUAUAUGUUGGAGAUAUCAUUCCUAUACACAGGAAAGAUGGCAGUCAAACACAAAAAUGUUUGGUGAAAAUUAAUGAUCUAUCUGGUUCAACAAUUGACAUAAAUUUAUGGGGUCCAAUGGUAGAACAAAAGGGCCUCGAAUUGAAAAAUAUGUUGACCAAUGAUAGUGUGCUUAUCCUUGCUUUGCAUAAUGCUCAUGUUGGCUAUUUCAAUGGGAAGCUUAUAAACAUAACAACUGCAACAACAUUACAUAUCAACCCAAGUUUUCUAGAAGCAGAGCUUCUAACAUUAAGAGGAAAGGACCCUUUGCUUGUUGUACCCUUUGUUGCGAAAACUAUCCACAUAGAUGGCAGAUAUACUAGAAUGACAAUUUCUUUAAUCCGUGAGCGGAUGAGCAUCAAACCAGAAACAAUUCAGAUAACAUUGCUAGUUGUUUUGCACUUUGUGAACGUCAAUGACCAAAAUUUCUAUUACGCAACUUGCCUAUUGAUAGUCAAUGGAAGGCCUUACAAGAAAAAAUGUACACAACACGCUGAUGAUUCUUGGUUCUGCUCUAGAUGUCAAAUGACUAUGCAAGACUGUAAUUAUAGUUACCUCUUGCCUCUAAAGUUGCAAGAUGCUACGGGUACUCUAUGGGCCACUACAUUUGAUGAGGGUGGCAUUCACUUGCUACACAAAACUGCAAAACAACUCUAUGCACUACAAAAUGAUACAACAACAAUAGAGACACCUUCCUCAAUGAUCAAGACACUACUGUCAUGUUACUAUUCAUUCAUAGUGUUGGUUUCUACUAAGACAUAUAAUUCAGAAAUGAAGAUGAAAGUGAUAGUCAAUAAAGUUGCUCCUGUUGACUUCAAAGUUGAGUGCCAUGCAUUACUUCCAGAAAUUGGCUGCCUAAGUACAAACACUUAA